GCGGCUGCGGUCCCAGGGCUGACAGGUACACGGGUGAGCACCCAAGUGGAUCCCACAUCCCUUUCGCCGCCACGGAUCACGAAGAGAAAAGCCCCCCGAGGCGAGGCAACGGCCACCGUCACACCGCGCUCAUGGCACUGGAAGCGACGGGCGACGCCGCGGCGAGCAGCGCCACCGGCGCGCGGGGGGCCGCCUCGCCCGCGCCGACGUGGCGGCGGGUGAUGAGGGCCGGGCAGGGGGCGGCGGCGCACGCGCUGCUGCUCUGCUUCACCGCGCUCCUCGCGCUCAAGCUCGACGGCAUCUUCUCCCGCUCCUGGUGGGUUCUAUUCAUCCCUCUAUGGUCGUUCCAUGCUGUUGCUGCUCGAUGUAGAUUUUCAUUACCUGCUCCAUCGUCGCCUCAAAGUGGUCAACAGGUUCCAUGCCAUUCCAUAGUCGCCACACCUUUGCUAGUUGCUUUUGAGAUUCUUCUCUGUGUUUACCUGGAAGACAUUGAUGGUCAUGGUAAACCUUUUAUAGAUUUAAAGCUUGUCUUCCUUCCACUCUUGGCUUUAGAAAUCAUUACACUGGUUGACAAUUUCAGGAUUUGUGGUGCUCUAAUGCCUGGACAUGGAGAAACUAUAACUGAUGAAGCAAUUUGGGAGAGACUUCCUUACUUCUGGGUUGCAAUUUCCAUGGUAUUUCUACUAGCGGCUACAUCACUCAUGCUUCUUAAGUUAUGUGGUGAUGCAGUUUCUCUGGGGUGGUGGGAUUUAUUCAUUAAUUUUGGGAUUUCCCAGUGCUUUGCUUUUCUUGUAUGCACAAGAUGGUCCAAUCCAAUGGACAUUGGUGGCCCUGUAUUGAUAAUUCCUAUAAUAGUUUUUCAAGUUCUUCUGUGUAUGCGCUUAGAGGGCACUCCAUCUAAUGCACGUUUUAUCCCGGUUCGAGCUAUUUUUCUACCUAUAAUUUUGCUGCAAAUGGCUGCUGUAUCUUUUGCUAUUUGGAGAUUCUUCAACAGGCUUGUUCUUAAACUGCAAGAUAGAACUAUCAGUGAAGGACAUAUUUCUGUCUCAUCAAAAGUUGAUGAGUUAUUUAUGAUGAUACAAUAUGGUUCAAGGCUCCUUUAUUGGUGGUCUAUUGAUGAAGAUAGUAAAGAGGAACAGGCUCGUUUAUGCUAUGCAAAUAAUAUUGGCUAUAGCACCUUUUGCAGUUAUCCACCAGAGGUGGUAAAAGAGAUGCCAAAGAAAGUUCUUGUCAAAGAGGUACAGAGACUUCAACUAGCCUUGGAAGAGCAAACUGAAAUUGCGAAUCAUAGCCAACAGCAGUGUGAUAGAGUAAAAAACGAACGGAUCUUGUGUCGAAUUUGCUUUGAAAGAGACAUCUGCAUUGUUCUGCUUCCCUGUCGCCAUCAUGUUCUCUGCAAGCCCUGCUCUAACAAGUGCCAGUCAUGCCCAAUUUGUCGAUUGACCAUUGAGAGCAGGUUAUCUGUUUAUGAUGCAGUAAUGUCAGCCGAUCCAUUAUGUGAAGCAGUUUAGGAGUUCAUAUAUUGACAGUAGUUCUAGUGUACCUAAUUCUGGUGUCGGCAAUGAUGACCACACUAAUUCCUGACAGACGAAGGCAAGUUGUGAAAUUCUUGGUACGAAAUUCAAAAGAAAACAAGGACACGUCUCUUACUGUCAGAUUGGAGUACUAGAAAAAUCAAAAACCACAGCGCACAUACCUCCGCAGUUAUAUGACACAAAGUAAGUGACGAAGUAUAUGAGUUCUUUGAUUAUCGCUCAUAUAUAACCAACAUGAAUAAUCUCCGAGUUUUUGGGUGAAAGCUUUGAGUUCAGUUGGCCAUGUAUGACAUCUGACCAGUUUUGAUUAGUUCCCGGUUAAAAACUGCUUAACAAUUGGGCAGGGAAACCUAGCAAGCAUGUGCAACAGGAACUUCAGGUUGGUAGAUGUUCUUUGGAGUUCAGGAAAGAGGGAAAUAUCAAUCUGUUAUAUUCUAGUGAAGUUUCAACUUGUAAAUAUGCCAACAUGUAUAUGUACAGAUGAGUCGAUAAUGUCUCUUUUCGCUGAUCAGUUUUAUCUCCGAGGUUUAAGAGCA